UUGGCCUGCGGAAAAAUUCCUGCCACCGACGUAGUCACGCACCGCAGUCGCCGGAGAACCCUACCAUCACCAUCUUACUCUACUCUCUCUCUCUCUCCCGCACAAACCCAGCCCCGUCACCGCCCUUCUACAGGCUGCCGCGGUUCGUCUCUUGUCAAGCCGACCCGUCCGAUAGCAACCGCUACCGGUGCGCACCACCUGACAACGGCGAACGGGAUAACUGUCGGCUUCCAGGCGCAUUCUGACCUACAGGAACAGUCAACUACCGAGAUCCGCAGCCUCUUGCAGACAAAAACCACCGGCCACCACUGUCGAGACCUGCCAUCAGACGCCGCGGGAGUGGUCGAGUUCUAG